UGAAGUCUGAACAUAGCACUCUCUUAAGAGUCUCAGAUAAACCUGAUUCUCCAAAUUCUUCUGUGGUUUCUCUACAAGGUAAAUUUAAAGGGAGAGUGGCAGCUUAGACAUGUAUAAAUGAAGAUGCUCUUACGUAACCCAGGAGUAGUAGUUCAUUUUGGUUCAAACAGCUAUCGAAUUUUCAAUAUUUGUAAAAAGUUAUCAUCCUUAUCUGAUGGGUCUUCAUUGGAUGGUAUUCAAGGAACUCCAAGAACGAAUGAUUAUGCAAGAAAAGUUGUUGAUGAUGUGUACAAUAUUUUGCAGAGUGGUCCUUGGGGACCUGCUCUUGAGAAUGCUUUAUCAAUGCUUGAUGGAACGAGUGGAAUACCUCAACCGGAAUUUGUUAUCGGAGUUUUGAGGAGGGUGAAGGAUGUUGAUAUAGCGAUAAAUUAUUUCAGGUGGGCUGAGAGGAAAUUUGACCAAGCACAUUGUCCGGAAGCCUACAAUUCACUUCUUAUGGUGAUGGCUAGAAGCAAAAAGUUUGAUUUUCUAGAAGAGAUUCUGGGAGAAAUGUGUCUUGCUGGAUUUGGCCCAACUAAUAACACGUGUAUUGAGUUAAUUUUAAGCUGUGUUAAGUCAAAGAAGCUGAGGGAAGCUUUUGAUAUUAUUCAGACCAUGAGGAAGUUCAAAUUCAGGCCUGCUUUUUCAGCUUACACAACUUUGAUUGGUGCUCUUUCUGCAGUUCAUGAAUCUGAUCUCAUGCUUGCUCUCUUUCAUCAAAUGCAGGAGCUAGGUUAUGAGGUUAAUGUUCAUCUGUUUACAACUCUUAUCCGUGUUUUUGCCAAGGAGGGUCGUGUUGAUGCUGCUCUCUCCCUGUUGGAUGAGAUGAAGAGCAACUCUUUUCAUGUUGACGUUGUUCUUUAUAAUGUAUGUAUAGAUUGUUUUGGUAAGGUAGGAAAGGUGGAUAUUGCCUGGAAAUUCUUUCACGAGAUGAAAGCAAAUGGGCUAGCACCUGACGAUGUAACUUAUACCAGUAUGAUAGGGGUUCUCUGCAAAGCUAACAGACUAGAGGAAGCUGUGGAGUUGUUUGAGCAGAUGGACCACAAUAGGAAAGUUCCAUGUGUAUAUGCUUAUAACACCAUGAUCAUGGGUUAUGGCUCAGCUGGAAUGUUUAAUGAAGCAUACAGUUUACUUGAGAGGCAAAAGGCAAAGGGGUGCAUACCAAGUGUCAUUGCAUAUAAUUGCAUUCUUACUUGCCUGGGUAAGAAGAAGAGAGCGGCUGAAGCUUUAACGAUCUUUGAGGACAUGAAGAAAGAUGCAAUGCCCAAUAUAACAACCUAUAACAUUCUUAUUGACGUGCUUUGCAAGGCUGGAAAUCUUGAGGAUGCUCUGAAGGUUAGGGAUGCCAUGCAAGAAGCUGGCUUGUUUCCUAAUGUGAUGACCGUAAAUAUAAUGGUUGAUAGACUCUGUAAAGCUCAAAGAGUUGAUGAAGCUUGUUCAAUUUUUGAAGGAAUGGAUCAUAAAAUCUGCCACCCAGAUGCGGUAACUUUUUGUUCACUCAUAGAUGGCUUGGGCAAGAGUGGUAGGGUGGAUGAUGCAUACAGGCUUUAUGAAAAGAUGUUGGAUUCUGAUCACGUUCCAAAUGCUAUUGUAUACACAUCUCUCAUUAGGAAUUUCUUCAAGUGUGGCAGGAAGGAGGAUGGUCAUAAAAUAUACAAGGAAAUGGUCCAAACUGGCUGUUCUCCUGAUUUGAUGCUCCUUAAUACCUACAUGGACUGUGUUUUCAAAGCCGGGGAAACUAAGAAAGGCAGGGCUUUGUUUGAGGAAAUAAAGGCUCGAGGAUUCAUUCCAGAUGUACAGAGCUAUUCCAUCCUGAUUCAUGGCCUUGUGAAAGCAGGUUUUGCCCAUGAAACCUAUCAGUGGUUCUAUGCAAUGAAGGAGCAAGGUUGUGUUCUGGACACCCGUGCUUACAACACUGUUAUUGAUGGAUUCUGCAAGUCAGGUAGGGUGAACAUAGCUUACCAGCUGCUGGAGGAAAUGAAGACAAAAGGUCACCACUCCACUGUUGUUACCUAUGGUUCUGUCAUUGACGGGCUCGCUAAAAUUGACAGGCUUGACGAAGCUUACAUGCUUUUUGAAGAAGCAAAAUCGAAAGGCAUAGAACUAAAUGUAGUUAUUUAUAGUAGUCUCAUUGAUGGUUUUGGGAAAGUUGGUAGAAUUGAUGAAGCAUAUCUAAUCAUGGAAGAGUUGAUGCAGAAAGGUUUGACACCUAAUGUAUACACAUGGAAUUGCUUGCUUGAUGCCCUGGUAAAAGCUGAGGAAAUCAGUGAAGCCCUUGUCUGCUUUCAGUCCAUGAAAGACUUGAAAUGCACUCCCAACCAUGUAACAUAUAGUAUUAUCAUAAAUGGUCUUUGUAAGGUUAGAAAAUUCAACAAGGCCUUUGUAUUUUGGCAAGAGAUGCAAAAGCAAGGUUUAAAACCCAAUACCAUCACCUACACUACCAUGAUCUCAGGACUUGCAAAGGCUGGGAAUAUUGUAGAGGCUAAUGGGCUUUUUGAGAGGUUCAAGGCUAGUGGAGGUAUACCUGAUUCUGCUAGUUAUAAUGCUAUCAUAGAAGGUUUGAGCUAUGCAAAUAGAGCACUAGAUGCGUAUGCACUUUUUCAGGAAACCAGACUGAAAGGCUUUAAUAUUCAUACCAAAACUUGUGUUGUUCUUCUAGAUGCACUUCAUAAAGUUGAAUGUCUUGAGCAGGCAGCUAUUGUAGGGGCUGUCCUGAGGGAAACUGCUAAGGCUCAACAUGCUGCAAGAUCUUGGUAACAUCAUGUUGUUUUAAUUGGUUGUUAAGAGAUCAUCUGGUUUACAGGGCGAAUUUCUGAUGGCACAAGGGGUAUUUUUUUUCCUUGCUGAUGCACAAUUUGUUGGACAGCACUUUGAUAACAAGUCUUCAUCUAUCCCUUUCUUGCUGGUAUUAAGUUGCUCGCAGCAGAGGCAUCGGAUGUGGAAGUCAACAUUGGUGAUAAGGCCUCCUAAUGCAUCAGUUCUUGCAAUUAGCUUGUACUGCUCCAACAUAUGGGCUAUCUCUCCAUCAUGAAUUUGUUCCGUGAACUGAUGGUGCUGCAUUUCAUUUCUUUGGCUGUGUUAAAUUCUGCUCUGGACAUUUUGUUAAUUCAUGGAUUGCAUGCAUGGGAACAUGUCUCAGAGUUCUCUUCUUGGGUACUAUUUUAGCUUCCAUUGGUGGACACUUAAUGCAAUCGAAUUCUUUUUUAUCCUCUUAACCAUUGUGAGAUAAUUUUCUGUUGAGAGACUAUAUAAGAUAAGUAUAAUUAUUGUUCGGCCAUCUUAUUAUGUAUCUCAAUUUUUCAUCCAUGAUCAGAUCAGGGAAAUGUAAUAAAAACAGAAAGAGAUUAUUGGUUGUGUUUAUACAUGCAAAAAGGUGAUGUAAUUAAUUAUGU